GCUGAACUUACUUGCCUUGUACAUAUUUCACCUUCCUAUCUCCGUCUUCGCAUCCCCAUUUCCCAUUUCCAAUACUGCUUCCUGAUCGGCAAUCGCGAGCUAGCUCGAGGGCCUUGACGAACAAACACAAAAAGUACAUAAUGUCUUGAAUCCUAAAUUGCUUGCUGAGCUGUGGCGAUCCGACCGACUCCACAGCCUUGACCGCAAUGACGAAACUCUCCGAACUCCCCGCGGGAAUUCUGUCGAUCAUCCUGGAGUAUCUCGGCAGACACGACUACAACGACAUCUUGAGAGUCUCGAGAAGCCUCUACAGAGAAACUUUGCCAUUCCUUUACCGCGAUGUCAAGUUCGAAGCGACCAAGUCCCGCAGCUGCGCCCGGAGACUUGCGCUCCUGCUCCGGACUCUGCUCGAGCAGCCGCAGUUCGCAUCGUAUGUCAAAGUCUUCAAGCUUCGAGGACCGCUCCCCUUCUGGACCAAGUACAACCCGUGGCCCGAGGACGCAAAGGCUGGCCCUGCAUCGGUCAACUUGUGGGGGUUGAAAGGAUGUCAAACCCUGUCCAAGUCACAGAAGAUUUUCGCCUCCAACGAAAUCUAUUCUUUCGUGGACGAGAGCAUGCACAAAGAGCAGGAGCAGUUCAGAAAUCGCAGCAAGGAUGCUUUGGCGACGCUGGUUAUGACGCGCUUCACCGAACUAAGGACGUUGGAUCUGGGAGACGGAUUCCUCAUGCACUCGCUUUUCCUCCCGCAGGUCCUCAAACGCGCGCCCCGCCUCUUCCCCAAACUCAACCACGUAGUUCUGGGCGACAAGCGCUUCGACCCUGAAAAUUCGGUGUCGUACAUGGACCUCGACCUCAUCCGGCCCAUCUUCUACUCCGACACCGUGCGUACGUUCGAAUAUCUUAUGACGCAGCCCUGGCAGCUCGCCUGGAACCGCCCCGCGGCUCCGCGCAACGAAACUCUCACCAUGCUCCGCCUCUUCCGCACAAACAUCACGCGGGGGACGCUCGACCAACUGCUCCACGCAACGCCCCACCUCAAGCGCUUCCACUACGACCAGGAAAUCCUGUACAACGCGCACACGCCCUCUGGACCCCCACUAUCCCCCUACCUCAAUCUCGACGGCCUCAACAUCGCCCUCUCCGCCCUCAAAAACACCCUCCAAGACGUAAAACUCAGCAUCGCGCUCGCGCCGGGCUCCCUGUCUCCCGCGGCGCUCAAGCUUCAGGGCAUCCCCUUCCCGCCCAUGCAGGGCACCCUCGCCGUGCUCAAGGACAUGCAGCACCUCGAGCGCGUCGAAGUCCCGAUGGUCAUGUUCCUGGGGUGGGCGCCCGACUUCGCGGCCGCGCUCGAGGAGGUGCUGCCGUGGGGGGUGCGGACGCUGGUGCUGCGCGACGACCUUGUGCUGCACUGCCCGUGGGCGACGGGCGCGGCCAUGGGCAGGAAGAUGGGCAGGAUCGCAGAGUAUCUGGACAAGAGGGGCGUGCAUGCGCCGCAGCUGGCCGACUUUGCGGUGAGGAUCAAGCCCGGUGCCAAGGACGGGACGUGGCUCGAGGAUGCGGUGAGGGAGGUCGGGAUGCCUGAGGCGGGGCGGGAUGUUUGUUUUGGGAUUGAGAAGGAGAAGAGGGCUGAGGUGUGGCGGUGGCGGUUUGGCGAGGGCGUGGGUGGUGAGAGGGCGGAGAAGGAGCGGGAGCGCAUUGACAGUGCAAUGGUGGUGGGGAGGGAGAGCAUGUUUCUGCCGCUGGAGGGCAUCAAGCUGGGCUGA